ACAUCCACUGACCUACUUUGAGCUUCUGCAGAAGACCAAAGACAGGUGCCACCAUGGUAAAGUUUCUGCUGCUGGCUUUGGCAUUUGGACUGGCUCAUGCUCAUGCGGAGGUUGAUGGAAAAUGGGAAACAGUUGCCAUCGCUGCUGACAAUGUUGACAAGAUAGAAGUGGAAAGACCUCUGAGACUCUACCUUCGUGAACUUACUUGUAAUGAGGAAUGUAGUGAAAUGGGAGUCACAUUUUAUGUCAAGAAAAGGAAUACCCAACAGACUGUUCACACAAGUUUUGACAAAAAAAAUUCAGAGAAAAGGGAAAGUGUCUAUGAAGGUGACAACAAAUAUGAACUUGUGUAUUUAACAGAAGAGCAUGCAGUCUUUACCAGUAAGAAUGUGGAUAGAGCCGGCACAGAAACAAACUUGAUUUUUGUUCUUGGAAAAGGUGGGGCUUUAAAUGAAGAAGAACAUGAAAAACUUGUGAAAUUUGCUGAGGAUAAGAACAUUCCAACAGAAAACAUUCGAAAUGUUCUGGCUACAGAUACUUGUCCCAAGUAAAGACCUUCUGUAGAGGACAACCGGAUGACAGUUAUGGUCAUAUCCUCUUGACCACGGAAUCAGUAUCACAUAUAAAUCACCAUUUCUUUCUGAAUGAAUUGUCCCCUCUCCUGUGAAGUCAGCAUACCACAUAUCGAAUUCCUGACUUAUCUCUCCUUUCCAUUCUCAUGAUCUAUGAGCUGUUCCUACUUUUCUGAAUGAUUAAAUAAAGCAUUUCAAGAAGCAAUAAA